UCUUAAUGUACGCAAAGGGCGGUAUGCAUGUUUGGCUCCGUACGACGAUGGUCGAGCCUGGUUAAUUAGUAACACAGGAGCUGAUGUUUUCUGGAUUGUUCAUUAUACGAAUCCAGUUGACGGUCAAUUUGAAGUUAUGGCAACAUGGGUGAAAGUGAACAGCGGUAUCCCAAUUCGGAAUUGUUCACAAAUUACAUAA